AACAGAAUGCCACAAAAAUGCUGAAGAUGCAAUUGAGUGAAAAUGUCUCAGUGAUGAAAACAGGAAACAUCACACUGGUGAACAGCUUCAUGCUCACAGGCUUGACAGACCUUCCACAGCUGCAGAUGGCCCUCUUUCUGACCUUCUUUGCCGUCUAUGCCAUGACCCUGGUGGGGAAUCUGGGCAUGAUUGUCUUAAUCAGGUCCAGCCCACAACUGCAUACCCCAAUGUACUUUUUACUCGGCAACCUCUCUUUCUUGGACAUCUGUUACUCAUCAUCCGUCACCCCAAAGUUCCUAGCCAAUCUCUUAAAAGAGAAGAAAGUCAUUUCUUUUGCUGGUUGCUUUACUCAACUUUUCUUUUAUGCUGCAUUUGGCACCACUGAGUGUUACCUCCUGGCUAUGAUGGCCUAUGACCGCUAUGUGGCUAUCUGUAACCCACUACUGUACUUAAUUACCAUGUCCCAAAGAAAGUGUGUCCUGCUAGUAGCUGUUUCUUAUGUUGCUGGGACAGUGAAUGCUUUAGUGCACACCACUGCUGCAUCGAGACUAUCCUUUUGUGGCCCAAACAUCAUUAAGAAUUUUUACUGUGAAGGCCCUCCACUUUUUGAUCUUUCCUGCUCAGACAUCAGUCUCAAUGAUAUGUUGAUGUUUGUCUUUGUUGGGUUCAAUAUGAUAACAACCAGCGUGAUUAUUCUGACCUCCUACACAUACAUCCUGAUCACUGUUUUAAAGAUCCACUCUGCCAAGAGCCGACAGAAAGCCUUCUCCACUUGCACGUCUCACCUCAUGGUCAUCACCAUUUUCUAUGGAUGUCUUAGCUUCAUGUAUGCACGUCCUAGCUCCAGGAAGACUUACCACCUUGACAAAAUGGCUUCUGUGUUCUAUGUAGUGGUGAUCCCAAUGCUGAAUCCCUUGAUAUACAGUGUGAGGAACCAGGAAGUCAGGAGUGCUUUCAGAAAAGUCCUGGAAAGAAAACUGGUUUUUCAGUCUAGGAUGAUACUUUCUGUACAGGUUAUACCUUCACGAGAUCAUAGGAGAUAA